AUGUGCUCAGUUUUUUGUUUAGAACUUCAGUGUCGUUGGGACCCAGACCACAUCAACCAUCAUAAAUUGCUGACCACCAUGCUUCAGGUCAUAUUCAUACAUACCUUGUUCCUGGCUGUGGACCCUGCAGUGCCCUGUAAACUGGCUCUCAUCCUUCAGCGUGGUCUGGGAGCCCCUGGAGAACACAGAGUUAGACGCAAGGAUGAGACCACUCGGCUGCACAAGGUCAGAAGGGCCCAGCCAGCUGCUGACCCGCCAUGCUGUCCCGCUUCCAGGGAGGCCAGGAAGGCAAGGACAGGGCUUUCCACUUUCCAGUUGCAGAGGUCCCGGCGUAGUUCAACCGGCGAGCGCAGGUGCGCGCCCCGGCAGAGCGCAGCGUGGGGUCCAGUAGUGGGACCCCUGCCCUCCCUCCGCGCCCCCCCAACAACCCGCAACCCGCCCCAAGGCGGCGGCGCAGGCGCAGAGGCGCCACCCCUCCCCCGCCCCGCGAGCAACAAGCCCGAACGCCAGCACACGGCCCUUCGCUGGCGGCUGGCAGCACGGCUUGCUGAAGUUCGAAGUCCGCGCCUCCGGCGAGCUGGCGCAGCACUGCCUCACUGCGCAAGCGCGAGAAGUUGCGAGGCCCACCUGUGGGAAGCUCGUCGGGCGCAGCCGAGGACCUCCAGAGGAAGCUCGCGCGCAGCCGCACGGCUUUCAGCCCCAGCGGGACCCGCACCCUCUCUCUCCCUUCGCGACUACAGCCGCUCCGACCUCAGCAGCACCACCGUCAGCGCCCCCAGCUCGCCCAGAGCGCCGCCCGCUUGGGCUGCCAGGCCGUUGGGGCCGAUUUUCUGUGGCAGCACAGCCCCCGUCAGCCUCUUCUGCGAGCUCCGCGCUCUCCGCCCCUCAUCCCAAGAAGAACUUCGUGAAGUCAACAACAAUGAAAACAAGUUUCUUCACUUCAGGGGUCAAAGUAAACUUGUAAAACAACAGCGACAACCGCAAAAAAAACCACCAUGCGCAGAGAGCACAGUACACAUACCCACGAAGGUGAGAGUCGGCGGUGUUGACCCCCGCUUUCUCAGGGAUGGAUGUGUUCCAGGGGUCGGUAAGGAGGCUCUCCGCCCGCGCCCCGCCCCCUCCUGCUGCCUUACUGGGAACAUAGAAUGGCACUCCGGAGUUUCCGAGAACCACUGGGGACACGGCCCCAGGCCACUGCAGGUGGAGUUGAAUGUCUGCCCCAAGGGUCAGUGGAUGGUCAGUUCGAAGCAGAUAUUUGUGCUGUCAGGGCAGAUACCUAAGCUGGGGGACCCUGCGUCUCCCUCUUUUUGCCCACCUGCCCAGCCUCUAGCCACCACUCUAGAGCCCCGCCUAGCUCAGAAUGCAGACUGUUCUGAAGGACAGGCCGCCUCAGAGGAAUGCCUUAAACCAUGGUGGGCAAAAGGAGCACUCCUUCUGCCCUCCAUGGCACCCUGCCUGUCUUCCUCUCCUGGACCGUCUCUCUGGGACCCCUUGGAGCACUGGAAACAGAGAUGCAAACUCGGGUUGGGUAGACGAUUGUAG